ACUGAAAGGGGGGGGGGAAGGACUGAGAGACAAAGAGGCAGGCAAACCUACACAAACAAUAGGGAGAGGAGCAUUAAAGCGGAGAUGGUGUAUCGGAGACGUUUUUAAGGAGCGGGUGAAUAGGCGGGUGUAUUUUAAGCAGCGUGUUCGGCGCGAGCUGUAACCCAACAUGGCGCUGCGAGGCAUUUCCAGGCUGAAUUAACUGCUGGAGUCCAAGGACCGUCGCCACCUGUACCCUUGAAUAAUACACAAGGAUUUAACCGCGUUUGGAUCUAGGAAUAUAGGCUGUCCGUCUGGAUCUCUAAUUUUGCUUCGGAUUUCUGAGGAUGUCUAUCUGCCACUUCUAUUUUCAGCAGUUUUUCCCCACUGGAAAUACACCCGAGACUUUGGAUUGCUACAAAAAGUAUACUCAAUUUCCUUUAUCAAAAGAGUUAAUGAAAUCGCACCGUCCCGCCGGUUUAUUUUCUUGAAUAAUCUUUAAAAAUCGGCUUAAUCUACGUUUUGGUUUUUAAAACGGGCACUCUUGAUCGAGGAAGGCGUCCCGAAUACUGACUGGGAUGUUUGCGCUUUGUGAAACGUAAACAGGAUCGCGUCUGCUUUGAACUAUUGGUGUAGGAAACUUCGGACGGGAACAUAUUGAACAGCUUGAAGUGCGAUUUGCGUUGGAUUUCGACGCCGAGAGUUCGGAAUAGAUUCAGGAAGACAGAAACGAGUGAUGCUGACUCUCAGAAGAACCGCCCGUGACUGAGAGAAGGGAGUCGCGUCUCACAAAGCAUGGUGGAUGCGAGCACGGCCUGCAGGAUGAACCCUUUGGCAGCUUUGGGCAUGGACCAGAGCACCCUGAUGAGGGACCUGGGCAUCCAUGGCGGCCUUGUGUACCCCGGACUCAAGGGGCGGGACGGGGCCGGCGUGCCCCUGGGUUACAUCAGCGAAGGCCUUCCCGACCUGCACUACAAGCAUGACGUUUCCCUGGAGAGCAGGAAGGCCACCAAUGGCUACGUCGGCCUGUAUAAGAGCGCCCCCCCGGGCCUUCAGAAGCCGCUGCUUGUGCCGGGAGGGGCGGGGGACGCACUUGGGCUUGACAAGCAGACGGACUUGGGCAUGAAUGGUGGCGCCGGUUACCUCCGCCUCCCGUGGAUGAGCCCGUACCCGGACGCAGGGAUGUACCCCUUCCUGGAUUCCACUAAGUAUGCCGCUUUCAGCAUGUACAAAGCCUCUUUGAUGUCCCAGCCUUCGCCCUACCUGCCUCAGCAUUUGGCCUACCAGUCCCUGUGUGCUGGGGCGGGGGGUGGUGCGUCAGGCACCGAUCGCAUAUUCUACGUGCCGCCGUAUCCCCCCACCCCCAUAUCUUCUCCCCUGGCUCCUCCCAUGAGGAUCCCCCCGGCAACUGUCGCCGCGACUCCCCUCUCCCCACUGGUGCACUGUCAGGACAAAACCUUGCCGGGCCUCGGGCCGAGAGUCCACCACGAGCCGUCUGCUUUCGGACAGCAGCUCCAGCAGCCCCCGCCGCACCACGCGUCCCACGACGAUCGGCUGCACGGUGGCAAGGCAGUCCCCGUCUCCGCAAGCAAAGGGUCCAGUGGUACCGGCACCAUGGGUAUCGCCGGUAGUGGUCUCUCCACGGACGCUACUGCAGCUCUGCUGAUGCAGUCGCCCCGCUCAGCCCUUCGGCACGGCCAGCCCCCUGCACCCCCACCCCCUCUCAUGGACAGCACUUUGGACUUCCAGAAGCCACUGCCCCGAGGCCCGCCUUCCUCCUCGUCCUCCUCACCAUCCAUGUCCCACUCCUUCUACAUGAGCGGCUUGGCCCUGGAGCACUUUUCCCCAGCUCGGUCAUCCAGCCACAAGUGCAAACCCAAGGAGGGCGGCUUGGAGCACAGGAGCAGCGGCGGAGAGAAAAAAUCGAGCAAGACGCCUCCGAAAGCGGCGUCGGACAAGUGCGUUCAGCAUACUCCCGGCAAGGACCCGGCAGAUAAGCCCUUGGAUUUGUCUGCUAAAAUUGAAUUUGGCACACCCCCUAUUGGAUUUAACCCUAAACUAGAGGCCUUAGCCAAGCUGGGUCACUCCCCGACAGCUCUGUAUGGACUUCACCCAAGCAGAGAGCUUCUCAAAGAGACCGGCUCACCCCCCUCUUCUGCAGUUUGCACUUCCUCCAAACUCCCGGAGAGACCCGAAAUAAUCAGCACUUUGCAUUCGUCCUGGGUGGUGCCUGGUCCGGGUCCCCCCCCCUCCUCGCUGCUCGUGGAUUCCGGGCAGAACAAGGUCCCAUCGGUAAUUAAAAACAAGACCCUUGAACGUGUCAUACCCCAACAGCGUAGCUCCUCCUGCCCCAGGAUCGGGGAGUCCAACUGCAGCCCCCCCACCAAUCCAGCCACUACCGUCGUGACCCCUGUGGGCCGGCCUGCCUCCGCGUCCCCCUCACCCAACUUGAAUGGCGAUUGGCCUAAGUCCAGUACCAGCCUUUCAGAAAAAACAUCCAUGGCUAAUUGCGCAAGUAGCCAGGCCUCUGCGAAGCCGGCAAAGACUUCCAAGCGCCUCGAGUCCCAGGAAAUUAACUACAAGCCACAGCAUCCGCACCUGGAGAAUGGCCACACACCCAACCACCAUUACCUACCCCAGAAUGAAGCUUUCCUGCCCCCAGGUUUACCGUAUGGGAAUAGAUAUUUACCAUAUCCAGUCCCCGAGAGCAUUUCCCUUCCUCACAUACCUUUGCCAGGAAAGGGUCCAGUUUACCCUCAUCCUGCCUUGCUGGGAAGCAGCAGUCUGUACCCGGCCCGUUUGGCUCCAAAGCAGGGCCUCCCUUAUGGGUUGCCACCGAGCCAUGGGGAAUUCUUGACCUACCAUGACUCUCAGGAUAUGGUGCACCCCUUGAUGUCUCCUCACCCGGCACUGGACGCCAAAGUCAAUGAGAGGCUGGAGAGGAGGUUCCAGUCACAGGAGAAGCACCGGGCCAGCGAGGACGGCACUCACAGGAGCAGCCAUGCCGUAGAGACUGCUGACACGGCUCGCAAGCCCGAGAAGGAAGCUGAGAAGUCUGUGGGCCAGGGUUCAAGGCCCCUGGCAUCAGCAAAAGACCCGAGCCAAGAUGGCACAGAUGGCGGCUCUGAGAGGCACGGUGCCUAUGGCGCCAAGAGAGGAGAUCCCAGCAAGUCUAUAAGCAAUGGAGACCGAGGAAAUGGCACAGGAAAGGAGCCAGAGCUGAUGCAGCUCCUCCUGUCCAGCCAGGCGGCUUCUCGGAGGCCGCCGGAGCCAGACGGGCAGCCAGAGGUCGCUAGCAGGCACAGGCCUCAGGGCCAGGACUGUCUGCCGCUUGGCGCCUGCCAAAAUCGAACGUCUCCCGAGGACAGUCGCAGCGAGGAGAGCCCCGCUGAGCAGAGUCCUCUCCCAGACUUACCAGAGCACCAGACGCUGCGCUGUGCCAGGACAUCCGGCGACAGAACCUCAGAGGCGGGCAAGCGUGAGAGAACACGUCCGCAGGUCUAUGACGAGCUGAACAGGGAAGCAUCCGAAAACCCGGAGGCCCAAGAUCAGGACGAUGAUGGUCAUAACUCCUCCAAGACCAGGAGGUCAAGUCUGGCUAAAAGGAUCGCCAACUCCUCCGGCUAUGUGGGCGACCGGUUCAAGUGUGUCACCACGGAGCUGUAUGCGGAUUCCAGCAAGCUGAGCCGGGAGCAGCGAGCUCUGCAGAUGGAAGGCUUAUCACAAGAGGACAGUAAUUUAAGUCAACCUGCUGCUUACAGUGAGCGUGCGAUGCUCCGCUUCUCUGAGCUGGAACUAAAAGAGAAGGAAGGUGGGGCGACAGCAUCCCAGGAACUGGCGGGAGGCCGGAACAGCGAGGCAGCGUGGGAGGCCGGCAAGGAGGGUGUGGGGGCUGCCAGCGGGAACAACAGGCCGUCUGUUCUGCAGCGAUGUGCAGGGCAGGGUCAAGGCCCGCCCCCGGCUGAGAGGGAGGCAGGCCGGGCCGUCGCCCCCCCGGAGGCACCGGAGAAGCCCCAGGGGGCUGUUGCCCCUGGCGGCAAGCGGCCCGUCUACCGGGACGAGGGCCAAGCCCAGCAGAGUGAGGAAGACGGACCCCCCCUUGGAGAAAAGAGACCCAGGCUAGUUUCCGUGCCCCCUGAUGCCCCACUGGGCCCGGUGCACGCGGACCCCCCCUCCCCAGACGGCGCCGCCAGGAGGCGGCAGAGGGCGACGGAGCCGCAGGGGGCGGGUGUGGAUGGCGGAGGCGGGGAGGCGGGCCUGAGGCUGCGUCGCCAUGGCGACCCCGAGAAGCCCAAGGGCAAGCGCCAAUGCAAGACCAAGCACCUGAGCCUGCGAGAGAGGCGGAGGGCGGCACAGCCCGCGGGGGGGCACACCAGCCUGGAGCACAGCCCCGAGCACAAGGUCAGCCUGAAGCGAUCCACACGCAAGAGGUCGGCGUCGCUGUCCGACUGUGGCAGCGACCCCUCCCCCGUCAAGGCGCGCCCCGCCUCCCCCCGACCCGCUGUGGCCCAGAGCCCUCUUCAGCGGCCUUCCUUGCAGCCUUCCCCGCCGCUCGUCGGGAACCCCCCCGCGGACCCCCCCGCAAGCCGGCCCGUGCCGCCAGAGGUGCGGCGGCUGAUUGUGAAUAAGAACGCAGGCGAGACGCUGCUCCAGAGAGCUGCCCGCCUGGGAUACGAGGAAGUGGUGCUCUAUUGCCUGGAGAAUAAAGUCUGUGACGUGAAUCACCGUGACAACGCCGGCUACUGUGCGCUGCAUGAGGCCUGUGCUCACGGCUGGCUGUCCAUCGCACAGCACCUGCUGGAGUACGGAGCGGACAUCAACUGCAAUGCCCAGGAUGGCACCAGACCUCUGCACGAUGCGGUUGAGAAUGACCACCUGGACGUGGUGAGGCUGCUCCUGUCCUACGGGGCGGACCCCACGCUGGCUACCUACUCGGGCCGUGGGCUCCUCAAGAUGACGCACAGCGAGAUGAUGGAGUGCUUCCUGCUAGAUUACUUUGCCGAUCUGCAAGGCCGUGACGAUGACGACCCCCGGCUCCGCUGGGAGCUCUACGGCAGUGUGCUGUGCGAGCCUGCUGAGGACUGGGCUGCCUUCGACAUCCUGGCCAACCCGCCCGGGCCUGGCGAAGAUGAGGAGGAGGAGGAGGGUGAGCAGAGGGGCGUGUUCGAGUUCGAGUUCUCCGACCGGCCGCUCCUGCCCUGCUACAACAUCCAGGUGUCCCUGUCCCAGGGGCCCCGCAACUGGCUGCUGCUCUCGGACGUGCUGAAGAGGCUGAAGAUGUCGGCCCGGACGUUCCGCGCCGCCUUUGCGCACAUCGAGGUGGCCACCAUCGCAGAGGCCGAAUUCUACAAGCAGGCCUCGCUUAGCCAGCUCUUCUCCUGCCCCCAGGAGCUCGAGGGCUUCCUGCCGGACAGCAAGGAGCUGCUGGACCUGGUGGAGAUUAGCGGAGAGCUGGUCACACUCCUGGGCUCCUCCAUAGAGUGCCUGGAUGACCACUGGGAUUCCGGCGCUAUUGCAGACUCAUGACAUUGUUGUGGCAUCUCUUGUAUAUUGUGUAGAUACCGGAGAAUGUUCCGGACUGGACUACAGAGUCAACGGCCCAGCAACAAAGGGAGACGUGUCCAAUUCUUUGGAAAAAGACUAAUUUAUCUCUUAUUUUUAUAAAUAUAAAUGUGUAAAAUAUUCCUUUGAUUUUUUUAUUAUUAUUAUUUUAUAUAUGCAGGCCAUUUUUCCCCUGUGGGAGAAUGUUUACUUUUAGCUUGUAUCCAGAGUUGGGAGGCAGUGCAGAUUACCGUCAUGCUCGUAGGACUGCAGCCAGGCUUCUCUGUUUUAAUUACGCAGUGCACUUCGUUACCGGUUUACAGACUUGCCUGUCCUGGUCAGGUAAAUUAAUAUUGUUUUGCAAACCUAAUGUUAUUUUUGAAAUAUUUUCAAUGAGGGCAUCUUCGCGGGGAAGAUGGUGACCGUCUAAGAUGUGUUCCUCAGAGUUUGAUGUUCAGGAGCAGAUUUGUACCUGUGUUUGAACUCCCCCCCCCCCACACACUUUUUUUGUCCCUUAUUUAAGAUGAGAAAAAUUAAGAUAUUUUCAUGUUUUUGUUUUGUUUUUUUUUUUGUAAAAUAUUAAAGAACUUUUAAAAUACUAAAAUGAGCUGUUUCUCAGAAAACAUGCUUUAACUUGUAAAUAAUGGGAUGAUAAUUGCUGUAACUGUUUCUCAUUGGUGUGUUUAUCAUUUUGGGGACAUGUUUAAACUUUGUAAUUAAUAAAUGCCCCAUUUGUAUUUAUAUUUUACAAAAAAUUUUCUCUAAAUGGCAAUAAAAUGAUAAAACGCC